UAUGAAAUUGGGCGAAAACUCCAUCAAUUGAACACGUAUGAUACACGUAUGAUAGCUGUUUUAUCAUCAUGAAGUCAUUUUCCGAGGUCUCAAACACCAGGAAUUUUAUUUCUAGUAAAAUAUCUUUCAGCUAACUUGGUUCCUCUGAUGCGAGUAUGGCUUUCUGAGGAUGAAAACAACAAUGGCUGCCCUGUGUGGGCAUCCAUUAUUUAAAAACUUGUAGCUGGCAUCCAGCGUUACUAUGUAACUACAACCAGCCACCUCAGUGAAGGGAACUGUGCACACCUGUCCUGUUUAUCAUACAUUAUUACUAUUAUUUAUUUUAUUCAUUUGCUUGUUUUCAUUUUUCUUGUGAAAGAAACAUUUCCUCGACAUUUUUAAAGUUUAAUCUUAUUUCUAAGUCAACUAUUUAAACAAUGCCUAUAACCUUUGAACCGGAAUGUGGCCCCAAGUGCCGCUCUAAGAACCACGCCUAUGAAUUGGUGGCAGCUAUCACCAAGGGAAACCUUCAGGAGGUCCAGGCUUUUGCUCGUUUGUGUUACGCCUCGGGUCACCAUAACGACAUGUUUGGAAGAUCUGCUCUCCACAUGGCUGCCUCGUGUGGAAAAGUUGAGAUUGUGGAGUGGCUAUUGGAGGAGAAAGGUGGAGAUCUGACUCUGAAGGAUGUGGAGUCGGGAUGGACCGCCCUCCACAGAGCCAUGUUUUAUGGACAGUUGGCCGUAGCUAGACUUCUUAUUCAGUAUAACAGUGAUUUGUACACUCGUGAUCACCUAGGACUGAGUCCACUAGAUAUCGCUAUGAAGGACCGCCCACCUCAUAUCUCAUACGACAAAGGAGAUCUCUCUGAUGUCUAUACUUGGGGAGAUAACACCAAUUUGACCCUGGGUCAUGGAAAGGAGCAGAGGAGAGGUCACCCAGAGGUCAUUGAAGAGUUCAGAAGGAAUGGUGUCUCAGUGAAAGAGGCUGUGUUGUGUAAAUACCACUCAGUGUUUCUGACCACUGAUGGACAGGUGUAUACCUGUGGACAUGGUCAGGGAGGGAGAUUAGGUCAUGGAAAUGAACAGACCUAUACUGUUCCUAGGCAGGUGGAGACACUGAAAGGUCAAAUCUGUACUCAGGUCGUGGCUUCUAGAGAUCACACAGUGUUCCUCUUGACUGAUGGUUCAGUAUAUUCCUGUGGACUGAAUGAUAGCCAUCAACUAGGACAGUCAUCUACCAUUCCUAAAUCCCUCAUCCCUAAACAGGUGACUGGUAAGAACAUUAAGGGGAAGUCUAUUAAGGGUGUUUGUGUCGGCAGAUUUCACACUGUCCUCUACACCAGUGAUGCUGUGUACACGUGUGGGCUGAAUGCUGGACAGUUAGGUCAGCCUAAGGGAGCAGAGAAGCAAACACAGUUAAGACAAGUGUCCAACCUUAAUCACCCAGAUAUCUCCAUCGUCAUGGUGUCAUGUUCUGACGCGGCGACUGUGUGUAUGACGACGCGUGGUGAUAUCUACGUCCUGCAUGAGUACCAGUGCAGGAAAAUUGCUACCAAAUGGCAAGAAAUCCAGAAAAUUUUGGUGUCUGGAGGAAAUUUGGACCACAUGUCUGACCUGGAUGUUCUGAGAGAAAGAGGGGGAACAGAGCUACGCAUUCUACUCCUCAAUACAAGUGGAAAGGUAUUUGUCUGGCAUGCAGCAAGUCCCAGUCUAAAGAGGUGUCGCUGGGCCAUCCGGCGUCAGCUGACCGUGACAGAUGUCGCACUAAGUACCAGUAAUGUUGCCAUAGUAACAGACAAUGGGGAGGCUUUCUUAGGCAACUUUGUGGUAAAGAAAGGAGGAAAGGAGACCACACAGACAGCCAAAGACCAUGAGACAAAUGACUUUGAGUUACGGUUGAUUGACCUCCUUCUGAAGGAUGAAGCUGAGGAUGUCAUGCUUCACCGACUUCCUGAAAUCCAUCGAGGGACACGUAUCUUCAUGGAUCCAAAGGGACAUAACUUCUGUGUGUUGCAGUCCCUCCCUAAUUCAUGUUUAACUGAUGUUCCUAGUACCAGCCAAUCAGAAAUGGUGUUACAUUUCAAACAACUUCUAGAGGAAGCUGAUGAGUUUGAUAUGAUUCAUGACAUCGUUCUUAAGGUGAAAGGUAGGAGCUGGGCAGCUCACAAGUUUAUUCUACUCAGUCGUAGUGACCUUUUCUACAAGCUGAUAGCAGAGGUCAAGCGAAGGUCCACAGAGGAGGAUCAGACCACCCUGGAAAUCCCAGAUGAGAACCCCGAGAUUUUCCAGCAGAUGCUUAACUACAUAUACACUGACUCAUGUGACCUGCUCCAGGUCGGGACUGUGUUUGACUUCAAGUCAGUCCUUACAGAAAAAGAUUGCAAUGAGAAUGACUUUGAUGGAGAUUAUUUAAGCUCCUUCAAGGGUAAAUCAGCAUUUGAAGUGACACAGAAGAAGAAAGGAAAAGAAAAGAAAAACAUGAAAACGGCAAUGUCUGAAAAAGAUCCAGUAAGACUACUUCAAGACAAUGCUAAGAAGUUUGGAGUCAAGGGAUUAGCCAAAAGAUUGGACGGUAUACAGUGGGUGAAUGGACAGAUACAGGGAAAAUCUAAACAACAGACCAAGGCCCCCCUCAGAUAUGACCGCUCUAAGCUCCUGGAUCUCUGUGAUGUAACUAUUGCUUCUGACGACAGACUCGAGAUAAACUGCCACAAGUGUGUGUUGGUAGCUCGACUGGAAUACUUCAAUAGCAUGCUGAGUAGUGGGUGGGUUGAGACAAGCUCCACUCAGGCCCUGAAGUUACCUGUACCAGGUGAUUGUCUGAGAAUCCUCAUAGAUUUCCUGUACACUGACGAAGCCCCAGGUGUGACAGGCAGUGAGAAUUUAGAGUUGAUCUGUAAUGUUCUUGUAAUGGCUGAUCAGCUGUUGGUGACCAGACUUGUCCAGAUCUGUGAGGUCACACUGAGUGUACUUGUGACUAUGAAGAAUGUAGGUGAGCUGUUGGAGUUCUCCACUCUGUACAACGCUGAGCAGCUUAAGGCCGUGUGUCAACAGUACAUUCUCAUCAACUUACCGGCCAUACUGGAGGGAAGAUAUUUAGAUAUGAUAAGUGAUGAAGUGAUGGCUGAGCUUACAAGAUAUUACCAUAACAAGGUUCCCUCUAUGAGCAGACGUGUCAUCACCCCAUUUUCAGAUGGUCCCUCUAAAUCCUUCCUGGAGGAGCUGACAGAGGACACAUCACAGAUCACCGAGGGACUGAUGGGGGAUUCCUCAGGGAAAAAAUCAAAGCCCAAAAAGAGACGUAACAGGGUCAAAAGUGUGUCGGAGGAUGAAGGAUGGAGAGAUAGCCGAACAGAUGACAGGAGAGAGAGAAGGACAGACAGACAGAUAUCCAUCAGCUCAGAGAAAAGUCUGGCGUCAGAUGAAGAGGAGGAACAAAAGCUGGCAGUCAGUCCUCGUGAUUCCCAGGAGUUGACAAGCAAACCCUCAGAAUCAAUAACCAUUCCAACAACAAAAGGAAGUCAACAAGAGUCACAUCAUGGAUCCUGGACAGUUGCACCAAAAAGUCCACUUGUCUCCCCUGGGAGUUUCUCAGAAAAAUCAUUUGCUACAUCACCACCAGGCAUUAGUCUCAAAGAAAUCAUGGAAGAAGAAAAAUCUAGUCAGCAACAAAAAGUUCAGCUUAAAAACAAGAAGUUCUCUUGGAAAGAUGUAAAGAGACAGCAAAACCAGGAGAGGAAAUCUCAGAGUAGAAUCAGAGAGGGGGGUCAGGACCCCCAGACCCUCCCCACCACCCAGGGGACUCCACAGACAACCUCAGCCAAACCUGCCUGGGGAGGUGUGAGUCAGACAGUGACUUCCUUCAGAGAUCUGAUAACAGAGGACAGGAACCAGAGCUCUCAGACAAAACAACAUGCUACAAUGACUACUCCCCAGACAAAACAACACCCUACAAUGACUACUCCCCAGAAAACACAGAAACAUGUCCUCAGAUGGGGACUUCCCCAGGCCUCGGGCCCACAAAAGCCCCCCAGUCAGAGAUCUUUGGAUGAGUCCCCUGCUACAAGUCCCCAGUCUGUUGAUAACCCCUGGAUCAGGGCCCCGAGUGUCCAGUCCCCUACAGGGGCCUCUGUUAGCUUCUCCGACAUUGUCCAAGACGAGAUACAGAAACGAGAGAGUCUAGCUCGAGUGACCAGUAAACCACUUGGGCUAAUACAGAUAGAGGAGCUGGCCAUACAGGAGUUACUACAGCAUUACAAGGCCUCAGACAGCACAGAGGAGCACAUCACAGUAGAGAGGGUACCCAGGGAAAUGGCCACACCCCUGUGGACCUCCAAAUCCAAAUCUGUUUCACUCCAGUGACUGUGAUACAGCAUAGGGGUACACUUUACAGUAGAGAAAGUACCCAGGGAGAUGGCUAGCCCUACUGUUGAUCUCCUUAUCUAAAUCUGUCUUGCUCUAGUGAAUGUUCUUGAAUGUUUGUUAAAACUUGCCAAUGAACUGCCAAUAAAACAUAAGUGCUACAUGUGUAUAAAGUGCUACAUGUGUAUAAAGUUCUCAAUCUGUGAAAGCAUACAUUAAAAGAUUUUUUUAUACUAGUAUCACCAUGAAAUAUAUUAAAAAGAUAAAUUUUAAAUGAUGUUGAUAUAAAUUUUCCUUUAUUAUUUUAGGUCUUUUUUUGCCAUACAUGAUACGUUUUCAGAUA